CCUAAAGUCCAAGCACCGCUUACACCGACACCCAGGCCCCAGAGGCGCAUUGGAGCUGUUACUGCAGCCAUUAGCACAGUCAGGAAGCACGCCAGCAAGCAAGCGCCCCUCCGCGCAUCGCUGCGCCGACUUUGAGCGCCCGCAGUUCAAAUCAGCAGCGUGUGAAACUCCGCCGACGGCGCGCCGUCGACGCGCACCGCUCGUCCAGGAUGAAGGGCGGCGCCAUCCCCUUUGUUGAUGAUGACUCCGACGAUGCGGGCCUCAUGUACGACGACAUUGGAGGAAUAGCGCCCGCGCCCCUCGAGAAGGCGCCCAUCAAAACCACAGAACCGACCAACGGCGCUCUCCCGGACCUCACGCCCUCGCCGCAGAAGAAGAAGAAGUCCGGCAAGGACGUGCUCGGCGUCACGACAAAAAAAAUACGACCGAAGUUUACCGAAAAUGACCUCGCGAAGGACAACGGCCUCGAGUGGCUGCCGAAGCACGCGCCGAAGCGGGCCAAGUUCCAAGGUCGAGAUAUAACAGAUGCUCGGAGACUGGUGGAUACGUAUCGGGCCUGGGCGAAGCAGCUGUUUCCGUCGGUGCCUCUUGAUGAGUUGUUACAAAGAACCGAUAAAUUCGGCCACAAGAUGUUCGUGCGCGGGUUGGUCGAGAACUUGCGAGAUCUGCAGCGGCGGGAGGUUAGGUUGGCCAAGCGGCGCGCUCGAGGUGAGGUUGUCGAUGAGGUAGAAGAGGAGAAGAAUCCCAUCGAUGACAAGAAGGCGGCGGCGUUGGCCCUCAAAGCGAAGAAACAAGCAGAAAGGGAAGCGCAGCGCGAGAUGGAGGAGCUCAUGCGCCAGCGCGAGGAUGUUAUAGACGAAGAGGGCGAGGCGCUCAUGGACCUCAUGGACGCCGAAGAAUCUGGGAUGCCGGUUGCGAGGCCGCCACCUGUACCGGAGGACGAUCUGGACGCGGCGAUGGCGGCGUUCGACGAGGCCGCAGCGGCGGCGCCGUCCGAGCCGGCACCGGCCGAGCCCAUGGCCACGGAGCCCGCGGCGGCCGCGCCGGCCGCGGCGGAGCCUUCCCCGGCGCCCGCCGCCGCCAUGGACGCGGACGCGGUGCCGCCGACGCAGGACGUGGCGCCGACGCAGCUCGUCCCGCCGACGCAGGACAUGGAGUGCGCGCCGACGCAGCCCGUGCCGCCGUCCCAGGCCUGCGACCUCGUGGAAGAGUCCGCGCUCGAGUUCAACUCGCAGCCGUCCCAGGACGUAUCCCAGGAUGAGGAGGAGGCCGAGUUCCAGUUCUGAGAGUAACUAC